AUGAUGACCUCCGCGCUCGCCGCUGUUAUACCUGCCUUUGUGCCUGCCUCGAUGCCUGUCUCUGCGGCGGACACGCUUGCCUUCCUCACUCGAGUCAAAGAUGUCUCGCUGGAGGUGGUAGAGGUCGUUAUGACCGUGAAGACCCCCCUCAAGGAAUUACAAAACGACUUCUGUGACCUCAGUGGCUCUGGCUUUCAUCCCGGCAAGGAAGCGGGCCGCUUGGCGAUGGAAGCCUCUCUGCGAAUGCGCCUUAUGAACGAUGAAGAGUUAGUUGCCGCUUGGCACGGGGCUGUUUCGGCCUUCCGCACACUCUACAACAUGGCUUCUGCUACUCAAGUCGCUGAUAUGCCUGAUGUGCACAAGGAUAUGUCUUCAAAGUUCCCAUAUGCCCCAUUCCCCUUUCUCUCGGAAGCUACUGGAUGGGACUCCGGCACAGGCCAAGAAGCUAAGGCGGAAGGCCAAGGAGAUAUCUUUCUUCCGAUUAUGAAACCAGACGGAUCCCGCUAUGAAUUGAUGGUCCAUGCCGAGUACAAACCAGGAAACAGGUUCAAUCUUUUGGGACUGAUGAAGGGGAAACAAGAGCUGGGUAUCACGUGGAGCCCUGAUGAUAUGCUUAUCAAGCGGGACGACCAGCAGACGGGUUACACGUUCACUGCUAAAUAUACCUUUAAUUGA